CGAUAUCCUCUGUAUACUAAAGUUUAUGGAAAUCGUUGGAGCCGUUUCCGAGAUUCAGAUUAUAUACAAGAAUUGCUCGUUUAAAGGUAUAAGAUGCAGUAUCGUCCGAAUGUUUUUAAUAACUGGUAACUUUGUUGUGAUCGUUACGAAAGAAAUCGCUGAAGUGCUGCUAAUACUCGCUGUGUUAUCAGUUCAUAAUCUUCGCUUAACCUAGUUUUAAAGUAACAAACAAUAUUGUAGUACAAAUACUGUGAUUUUUUUCAAAUUUAUGUUCUCUAGUGUCAAAGGCAUGGGAAAAUAAUGUUAAGAAAAUCGAACAAUUGAAAACAGCGCGCUGAACAGCUUUUUAAAUUUGAUAGGCUUUACUGUAUCCUUGGUCAUGUCUUUGACCGACGGUAACCAUUUUCCAAUAGGUGGUCAGAAACUCGCUCAUCAUCGUAAAAAAAACAGUUUAAUAAUAAUAAAAAUAAUAGCAAGCCCAUUUUAUUUCCAAAAAAAGAAAUCACUUUUGAAAUAAAUAAUUACAAAUAUAAAACUUAUGUUAUUGGAACUCUACUUCGGGUAUAGGCCUCUACUCCACUCUUCUCUAUUCUUGGCUUUGUUUCUCCAUCCUUCUCCUGUUGUUGCUAUUAUUUCGUCGAUCCAUCUUCUCCUUGGUCAACCUCUUCUUAUUUUGCCCAUUGGUCCUUCCCUUCCUUAAAAACAUUUUAGGUUUAGUUAAAUCGAUAGGCGUAACAUCGAGGGCCUGCUAAUUAAUAGCUUUUGCAGCAGGCACUUGGAAAAGACUCAAUGAUGUUUUUAACUUGCGGGGUGGCGCGCGGCGGCAGGGUAGUUGGCGGGGCGGCAAUGACGCCUGGCGAGUUCCCGUGGCUCGCUGCCCUCAAGAGAGACGGCAAAGUGAUCUGCGGAGCCACAGUCGUAGCUCGGGACCAUCUCAUCACGGCCACUCACUGUGUACACGGAAUCGAAGCAUCCAGAAUAUCGGUACUAAUCGGUGAAUACGAUGUGAACGCCUCUAAUUCUGGAGGUUUUGAAGUCUCCCACGUGGUGCAACACCCGGACUUCAACCGAUAUUCGUAUGAUUAUGAUAUCGCUGUACUGAGACUCGCCGAACCUAUACCGGAUCAUUUAUACCGACCCGCCUGCUUACCGGAAUCACAAAACGAUUUUUUGCUGGAAGGCGUUAACGCAAUAGUUUCUGGAUGGGGCAGUACUAUUGAAAAAGGAUCUACGUCUAAUAUUCCCAUGAAGGCUCAAGUACAAAUUUGGGCUCAAGAAGAGUGCUCGGCGGCGGGCUACGGGCGGAAGAAGGUAACGCCGCGGAUGCUCUGCGCCUACGCUCCCGACAAAGACGCUUGCACUGGCGACUCCGGAGGUCCUUUACUUGUAGCGCAACCACAUUACACUCUCGUCGGUAUCGUGUCCUGGGGCCGAGGCUGCGCCAGACCGGGCUACCCUGGAGUAUACGCACGAGUAGAUACAUUGAUGCCAUGGCUUAAAGCAGCACUGCGUCAUGCUUGCACAUGCCAACCACCAUCAUAAGGAUAAAAGAUUUCUAAUACUUUAAAGUUUUUUAGCUUUUUAAUGUGUUGAAGUUCAAACCUAACCGAUUAUACAUUUGCCCGACUAUAAUAAAAAAAACUGUAGACAAUGUAAAGUUGCCAUACUAGAAAAAAGUUUUUAGGCAAAACAUAAAUUGAAUAAAAAAAAAUACUUGUCUACCAAAUCCUUUUAAAGUUUGUGCUGUAAGACUUGUUAUAUGCUAAAUAUCAUGAGACUAUGUCAACAGGUUGAAUCGUAUCACGUGAUAUAUAUUUUAAUGGUGUGUACUAUAUUUUAUACAAUGAAUAAAUUAAUUAAGAAAUUAAUUUCUAAUUGUUGGACAAAUAAGUAGAUAAACAUGACGGAAUGACGGCUUGACGAAUGACUUCUACAUACUAUUGUUUUGAGUAUGUAAGAAUGCAUCGAAAAUAUAUUACCUAAAUAUAUAUACUAAAUUAGAAUUGAAAAAAAUAUAAAUUAGUGCUGUUCCGCAAAAAGGACACCUUUUUUGAGCGUAUUUGAGCCGACAACUUUUUUGUACAACUUUUUUUUUUCGAACUACCUUCAUCGGCCGCGAUUACAUUCUUAAGGAUUAAGUAUCACCAUUGAAAUAUAUCAUCUAAAUCAUUAAAUCCAUUGAAUCAAGAGAAUCGGUAAAAACAUAUUUAGGCAAAGUAAUUAAUCAGUAUUAGUGAUAGCGUAGUGCCUUUGUUUGUUGUAAUACUUGUAAUUGCUAGAUUCCUUUUAAUGUUUUAAUGUUAAAAAUACUAAGGAUAGAUAUAACAAAAUGGCUGUGAUUAAAAUAUCAUUAUUUUAAGGAUUUUAUUGUUUUGACGUUUUUCUACGUUUGUUGAUCAUUUGUUUACAUAAUAUGUAAUAUAAUUUUAAGCUCCUCGGCAAUUAAAUAAAUAUUUUAGUAACAAUAUUGAAUUAAGUUUUUCGUCUAUUAAUUGAGUAAAAACUUUGGAUCAACAUCACAAAGCCGGAACAUUAUAUACUGACUAUUUAUUGUAUGUAAUUUGCCGGUACAACUCAAUCUCCUAAUACUGAAAUUCUAUGAUUGAAUAAAUUUUUGAAUUUC